AUGUCCAAUGGGCACGUCGUUUUCUUCACUGACCAUGGUGUACUGUUAUUCUUCGAACAAUUCGCCAAAGAUGACAUUCUGUCUUUAUCUUUUGUGCGGACUGAUGAUAGCCAACAAUUUACUGUUGUUACUUCUGAAGACUUUUUUGCUGUUGAUCCUAUCAGUCUCCAUUCUACUCUUUUGAAAGCCAAAUCAGCGAUAGCCAGACGCGAAAUGAAGGCAGAGGAGCUUUCAAAAACGCUCGAACUUGAUGUGGACCAUAUGAAGCCUGAGAAAGGAGCAAAUGGUUUGCGCCAUGUUCUGUUCACAGGUGUUCACCAACCAUCAGCUUUUGAGCUAUACUCCACAGCAUCGUUCUCUUCAUACAAUGAGACGAUACGCAGUUCUGUGCCGCCACUAUAUUCCAUGUAUCUUUACACUUCUGACAGACUCUUUUCGACUUUUGCUUGGACAACUGAUAGCGAUAGGAGAAAGAUGUGGGCUGAAGCUGUCAAGUAUGGUAAAUCGUUUGUUCCGCAUUUUGGCUUGCGUGACAUGCUUGGCUUCUCCAGCAAACCACGGAAGAAAGCGGCGUUUGCUCAAGAAUCUUAUACAAUCACAACUAGAGGAGUACUAGGAGAUUCUCGCCUUGCAGUUGAAAUUGCCUUAGAAGCAUCACGUGGCCUAGUGGCUGUUGUAGACCAUGUAGCUAGGGUGGUGCUUAUUGAUGUAAGUUCUGUCUUUUGCGCUGCUUCUUUGUUAUUGGCAUGUCUCGGUUUUACUCAAUGAUU